GGAUCAGCAAAACACUAACAAGGGUGGGAGUGUAAGACUUGCAGCUCAGAGGCUUGCAGUGGCUCCCUAUUGCUCUCAGGAAAGGGUUAGGGUCUUUAGGAUUUGAUGAGCUCAACACUCAGUGGUAUUGAAACUGCAGUUCUCUGUUCUGUGCCUCACACAUGGAAAUUGGUUUCCCCACACCUUUCCUCAUAGGCCUACCCAGGUGGUCAGCCUACCUGCUCUGGGAGGCUCUCCCACAUGCUAGGCUCCUGCUGCAGUACCACGGAAAUCUGGUCCUCACUCCUGGUUUGUACCCUGGAGCUAGCUCCAUAGGUCUCUGAUCCUAAGAGACCUGAUGAUGAGUCAAUGUCUAAAGCCCCCUGAGCUCUUGGGGAUCUGGCCACCUGGGCAGCCUAUUUGAGGAAGGAGAGGGGAACAGUCCCUGCGCUCCUGCUGGAGCCUCAGCUUUGAGGAAAUAGCCCCUGGAAGCUUGGUUCCAGCCUUAGUGCUAUUUGAAGAUGGCUGUCAGCCACCCCCAAGGCAGAGGCAAGGCAGGGGCUCCAGAGACCUAUCCCGGCUCUGGGGUGCCCUGUGACUCUUGAGAGGGGAGCAAGAGCCAGGUGGUGCCCUGGGCCAGGGCUGUGAUUGGCCUGAGCUGGACAAUGCCACUGUGAUGUCGGCCUGCUCCUGCUAUGAAAUGGAGGCUCCUGAGCCCCAGCGGUCAGUGGAGCUGCCAUCCAGAGAUCAUGAGUGGCGGGUAUGAUCUCAACCUCUUCACCAGCCCUCCCGACUGCAACUUCCUGUGCUCUGUCUGCCAUGGAGUUCUCAAGAGGCCGAUGAGGUUGCCAUGCAGCCACAUCUUCUGCAAGAGGUGCAUCCUCCCGUGGCUAGCCAGGCAGAAGACCUGUCCGUGCUGCAGGAAAGAGGUGAAACAGAAAAAGAUGGUCCAUGUGAAUAAACUCCGGAAGCUCAUUGGCCGCCUGGAAGUCAAGUGCAAGAACGCCGAAGCUGGCUGCCUGGUGACGUGCCCCCUGGCCCAUCGGAAGGGGCACCAGGACUCAUGCCCUUUCGAGCCGAUGGCCUGUCCCAAUGAGGGGUGCACGUCGCGGGUGCCUCGUGGGAACCUGGCUGAGCACCGGCAGAAUUGCCAGCAUGGUGCCCAUCAGCGCUGCCCCCUGGGCUGCGGGGCCACCCUGGGCCCGGCCGAACGCGCAAGCCACAACUGCUACCGUGAGCUGCGCAAGGCCUGGUGCCAGCGCCAGGAGCGCAGCCGGACGCUGGUGCUGUGCCUGCUACGGCGCAUGCGCAAGGUGUACCGGUCUGCCAACCACAUCCGCCGGCAGCUGGCCCAGCUCGGAGAGUUACUGGAGGAAGAUGACGCCCUGCUCUUGGGCGCCCCGCAAGAGGAGGCUGAGGCCCCCCCCAGAAGGCAGCACUGGGGCUGAGAUGUGGGGGGCCCAGGGCCAAGCUACCUUGUAAAUAGGAGAGUAAAUAAACGCAGAGCCCCGGCCUGGCCGCCUCA